AUGUCUGAUACGACGGAUGUGUCGGCCGUUUGUUCUUCUACUACACGCACUUGGCCUUCAUCAACAAGCUCUGAGAACUGCUGGCCAGUUUUUGAUCUGUCCGCCUCUGAUGUCGAUUUCCUUAGCCUCGAGUUUGCAAAGAGUAAAGAGAUAAAGGAUGCAAUUCGGCGCUGGAAAAAACAGUCAAGCCUUUCAAACUCGUCGAAGCCCAGCAAUCAGUCCGACUUCCUUGUGUUAGAUGAGAUUUUCAGCUCUCUAUGUAUUGCGGAAACCUCUGUCAUGGGCAACCCUAUCAAAGUCUAUUCGGAAGCCUUCCGUCUGGGUCCACGGGGAUUGCGAGUGGGAGAUUGUAUGUUUCUCAACCGUCCGUCCCUUGGAGGCGAAGAAUUCAGUUUGGAGACCAUGUUGCGCGACCAUGUCCGACCUGGCUUCGUCUUGGAGUGGUGUACUGAGCUCUUGCAAGCAAAUAAAUCGGGUUCUGCUUUGUUGCUAUGCUCUCAGCUUGACAUCACUGAAAGCUUUCAGAGUCUCGCUGUCCAAAAAGCCACCCGGAGAACAGGAGCUCCAAUAGUUGGAGGUUCUGAGAGAGUUGCUCCAUCAUUUGCGGAGUUCGACUGGCUCAAUUUUGUCAACGAAAGAUAUGGCACGGAUUCAAACAACAUCCCCGAAGCUCCCGCAAGAACAGACAUAGUGACUGGAGCGGGAAGUCUUGAUAUAGACGUGGCUAUUUUUUCCAACAAGGUCAAAGAAGUCUACUCAUGCUACCGGGAUUGUUUCGUCCUAGUUGAAGACCCGCUAGCACCACCAGAGAUUGCUUGGCCGGCCCUCGAUCGAAUCGGCAUCCGCGCCGUAGCAUAUUUCUCGCCGAAAUCUCUUCAAUCGUCACAAGAAUCUCUGAGCUUUACUCUCUCAGACCUAGCGAAUGAGAUAGCGGAAGACAUCAAGCUAGGGAUAGCAGGACAGAAGGACUUCCAAGUCUCCUUGUUUUGGAGUGAACGGAAGGUACCAAAGCGACUCUACUUUGUUCACAUGAGUGAUGGAAGGACAGCUACGCGGGCACAGAGAGCAUGGGCUUGCUUCCCAGCUGACAUUCAAACUUCCCCAAGGAGGUGAUGUUCCUGGAUCUAUGCGGAUGGACGUAGCUUUCAACUCGAGGUGGCGAUUUGAACGGACUGCUUUGCCCGCUGGGCAUGUUCCUAAGCUUCCAAGUAUUCUAGGGCAAAUUUCUUUUUUAGACGGGAUGUAGAGAGUUGGACACUGUAAGUCAAAAUAGCAUGUGGAAGCUAAAUAGCAAAUG